AUGGCUGUUUAGUUGGUAAAGAAGCGCGCUACGGGAAACAACGCAAUAGAAAAACGAAAGAUCACACAAAAACAUAACAACAAAAUAUCGAUAUACGCGUGCUAAAAAUGCCUACUAUGGAAAGUGAAACGUAACGUACCGUUACUGGGUCGUUAAGUGAAAAAGUAUUGCGUGGCGCGCCGUGUUAGCGACCAGUGUCCAAAGAAAGACUGUUGCAACAAAAAAAAAAGUGUAAAACAGCAGAAUGUCUUCGUGCUAUAGCGGCUUCGAUGAUCGCUCUUUUGAAUUUGAAGACUCUUCAUACGACAGUGGUUACGAGAAAAGCUUCGAAACAGACUGCAAUGUAACGCCGCGUAAACUUUUCUUCGAUAAUGGCGCCGAUUGCUAUGCCGCCACCGCCGACUCACCACUAGCAGCCAGCUGUUACAAUACCAACGGCGUUGGAGCUCCAGUAGCCUCAUUUUCAGCGCUACUCGAUACGAGCAGUAAUCACAGCACACGCAGUGCGCGCACACUAGUCGAACAUGUGAUCAGCAAAGCGCCACUACCGACGGAAACCGAAUUCGCGCCCAAGCUAACAUCAACGCCGACAAAGAAUCCCGGUGGCGGCGCGGCCGAUGGCAAUGGUGAUCAGCCAACUGAACCGCGUCCCAAGCGCAAAUAUGCCGUCGGCAAAAAUCGUGUAACGCGUUCGCGCAGCCCCACACAAGUGGUGCGCAUCAGAAAGUUUCGACGCAUGAAAGCCAACGAUCGUGAACGCAAUCGCAUGCAUAUGUUGAACGAUGCGUUGGAGCGGCUGCGCGUCACGCUGCCCUCACUGCCAGAGGAGACAAAGCUGACGAAGAUCGAGAUACUACGCUUCGCACACAAUUACAUAUUCGCGCUCGAGCAGGUGCUGGAGAGUGGUGGCACAAUUAAUUUGGACCUGGAGAAGUUGCAGAAUUUCACGCUCAGCGGCGAACGUAUCACCAAGGAGUUAUUCGAUGCGAUUUUCGUCAAUCCUCAACCGUACACAAGCAUCUUUAGCAUGGGUUGCAGCAGCAGCUUUGCUGGACGCGUGCCAUAUCCGCAACAGGCGACCACGAUGAUGCCCACCGCAGGACACGCCUUCCUCGAGCAACAACAGCUGCUGCAACGUGGUCGUCCGCCGCAAGGUUAUGCCUACGGCAGUGAUGUUCGCCCCUAUAAUGUGCAGCAUGAAACGCAUAAUCCGGCAAUGCAUCCACAUUUUUCGCAGGAGAAGUAUGAAUUGUAUAGGAGCACCUUCGAAGCAGCAGCCAAUAUGCGGCCCACAUCUGCCGCCAUCUGUGCGGAGGAGACGAAACAAGCGCACGUCAUAGCGGCGGAUUGCCAAACGCAGCUGGGUUACAACCAGCGACCAACGAAUACCACGAAUUGCUAUCUGCCGGAGGAUCAGUUGACGGCCGUGAAUGCAGCAACACCACCCAUGGUGCCUCAGCGCACGGCAAGAGUGCACGCGCAGGCGUCUAUGUUGCAUCAGAAUAGCAGUUUCUACACACAAACACCGCCUUGGAUGGAUUAUACCGAGGUGAUGGCGACGAACAGCGGCAACAACAGCGGUUUCGAGCAGUAUACGAGCAUUCUGGAAGUCGCUAAGUUAGAUUUCGNUUACAACCAGCGACCAACGAAUACCACGAAUUGCUAUCUGCCGGAGGAUCAGUUGACGGCCGUGAAUGCAGCAACACCACCCAUGGUGCCUCAGCGCACGGCAAGAGUGCACGCGCAGGCGUCUAUGUUGCAUCAGAAUAGUAGUUUCUACACACAAACACCGCCUUGGAUGGAUUAUACCGAGGUGAUGGCGACGAACAGCGGCAACCACAGCGGUUUCGAGCAGUAUACGAGCGUAUAGCAGUGGCUGCUAGGAGCGCGUGUAGUGUGCAUUAAAACCGGGAGUAUUCGGGUAGCUUAAGUGAGUGAGUUGAAAGUCAUAGGUCUUUAGUUAGGUAUCAAGCAAGGUAUAGGUGCACUGAUCGUGAUAUUUUGAUUGAUUUUGGGUUGUAUGGAUGAUUUUGGGAUAGAGUACCUAGCCACAGCGCUGCGGUGCCGCUAGAUUCUGGAAGUCGCUAAGUUAGAUUUCGAAUGCUAAGAAUUUUUUAUUAGAUUCCGAUGGGACAUAACUCAUCUCUCAAUCUCCAAUUUCAGGUUACAUCUCUUAAGCUUUCCUAUUGCAUACUUUUAUGAUCUCCUGCUAUUUAUUUUGAAACUCUUGGCGGACGAGUUUUAGCGUAGCGAUUUCUAAAAUUUUGCUUUGGAAAAUCAAAGUUGAAACGCUGCAAAGGAUCAUGCAUAUAACACCGGAAUCGAUGAAUUACAAAAAAUGUUCUGCAGACCGUAGCGAAUAUCACUUUUAUAAAAGAGAAACUCUUUUUGAAGCAUUUUUAUUUUUAUUUUAUUUUAUUCGGUCAGAUUAUAAGUACUGCCUUUCCGAUUAAACUUGAUCGCUCAUUUUCACCUUUUUCGAAAAAUGUUCAGUCAUAUUUUUAAGUUUUU